AUUUGUGAGUCUUAUCACCUCUAGAGUGCUAAGUCCCUUCUCUGUACUUGGUCUCAGGUGUCUUUUCUGUGCCUCUGUUGUACGAAUGGCAUCCCUACAGAACUGCCUUUCUCUGCUGCCACUCUCAGAGGACACCUGAAGGUCCCAUCCCAUCAACUUUUGGUUUGCAGUGCAAUGGGGGCUUGACUUAUAAAGACUAGGGCCUUAUGUUUGGACUCUUCAUAAAUACAUCCAGGAUAGCACUGAUUGUAUCAGAUCAAAUGUAUUUAAGUUUUGAAUGAUGGACAUACCAUGUACAUCUCCAUGUUAAUACUGUUGAGUGACAAAACAGGGUUAGAGCUUGUGAAUGAAUGGGCAAGGGUGAGACAAAGUCUGGGGAAGAACAAAAGGAAGUGAUUUUGCAGUCACAGUGUAUCCCGGUUCCACCUUAUGAGUUCUUUAGGCAUAUGUACAGGAAAGCCCUGGAGGCCAGUAACUGGGAAGUGUCUAGCACUGUCACCUCCUCUAUUGUGAAAAUAGCAACAUGCUUGGAUGAUGCUUCACCAGCUCUACACAGAAUAAAAAGGCUCCUGCCCUGGACUCCUUAUCCAUUGCCUGCUGAGACUUUCCCCCGUCUCCUUCGCAUCUGGUCAAAUUUCUGCCAAGAUGUCCUGCCAGCAGAACCAGAAGCAGUGCCAACCUCCUCCCAAGUGCCCCUCCCCCAAGUGCCCCCCAAAGAGCACAGCACAGUGUCUGCCUGCAGCCUCCUCCUGCUGUGCUACAAGCUCUGGGGGCUGCAGUGUCCCCAGCUCUGAGGGAGGCUGCUUCCUGAGCCACCACAGGCGCAGGUCCCACAGAUGCAGGCGCAGGAGCUCCAGUUCCUGUGACCGGGGCAGUGGCCAGCAGUCGGGGGGCUCAGGCUGUGGCCACAGCUCUGGAGGCUGCUGCUGACCUGGAUCCUGAGGCUGAAGCAAGAGAGUUCAGAGGAAACCAAGAGUUCAGAGGAAACCAAGCAGUAGCCCCAUCUUGGCUCAUUCUUUCUCAGGCAUCUGAAUCUUCCUUGGGCUAAGCGCGCUUGGACUCUUCUAAUGGAUUUUCCAAAAGCCUGGUUAUCUUCUCAUUCUGAGAUACAUCACCUGUGCCUGGCCAUGUAGGUGAAUAAAACUCUCAACAACA